AUGGGUUAUUUAUUGCCGACAAAAUCUUUAUUGCUGGUAAUAUUUUUUAUCUAUCUAUCUAUCUAUCUAUCUAUCUAUCUAUCUCAGUAUAUAUUGAAUCAAUCUAUCUAUCUAUUUGUCCCUCUCACUUCAUAUCUAUCUAUCUAUCUGAGUCUCUACCUAUCUAUCUACCUCAGUCUAUUUACAUCUAUCUAUCUAUCUGAGUCUCUACCUAUCUAUCUACCUCAGUCUAUUUACAUCUAUCUAUCUGAGUCUCUACCUAUCUAUCUACCUCAGUCUAUUUACAUCUGUCUAUCUAUCUAUCUAUCUAUCUAUCUAUCUAUCUAUCUAUCUAUCUAUCUAUCUAUCUCAGUAUAUUUACAUCUAUCUAUUCAUUUAUCUCAGAUUGUCAAUAUCUAUCUAUCUAUCUAUCUCAGUAUAUUUACAUCUAUCUAUUCAUUUAUCUCAGAUUGUCAAUAUCAAUCUAUCUAUCUAUCUCAGUAUAUUUACAUCUAUCUAUCCAUUUAUUUCAGAUUGUUAAUAUCUAUCUAUCUAUCUAUCUAUCUAUCUAUCUAUCUAUCUAUCUAUCUGUGUCUCUUCGUAUCUAAGAAUAAGUCUUCAUAUCUAUCUAUCUAUCUAUCUAUUUAUCUAUCUAUCUAUCUAUCUGAGUCUCUUCCUAUCUAUCUCAGUUUAUUUACAUCUAUCUAUCCAUCUGUCCCAGAUCUAUCUAUCUAUCUAUCUAUCUAUCUAUCUAUCUAUCUAUCUAUCUAUGUCUCUUCGUAUCUAUCUUUACAUCUAUCUCACUCAGUCUAUUUAAUCUAUCUAUCCAUCUGUCUCAGACUCUUCAUAUCUAACUAUAUAUCUAUCUAUCUACUCUCUUUCUCAUUCAACCUUACAGUCUCUUCAUUCCUUUUCUUCUUUCUUGUUAUUCUUUUUCUACCUUUCUUUAUUCAUCGUAACCCCCUCCCACACAUCCGCCAUGUAAAUUAUUUCUUUUUUCUGUGUCAGGCCCUUGUUCUUUCUUUCUUUCUUUCUUUCUUUCUUUCUUUCGUUUCUCAUCUUUUUAUUGUUUGUUCGUUUCUUUCUUUCUUUCUUUCUUUCUUUCUUUCUUUCUUUCUUUCAUCUUUUUAUUGUUUGUUCGUUUCUUUCUUUCUUUCUUUCUUUCUUUCUUUCUUUCUUUCUUUCUUUCUUUCGUUUCUCAUCGUGAAUUUCCCCAUGAAGUCUUUUUUCUUUUUUUCUCUGGGUCAGUUUUUAUUGUUUGUUCGUUUCUUUCUUUCUUUCUUUCUUUCUUUCUUUCUUUCUUUCGUUUCUCAUCGUGAAUUUCCCCAUGAAGUCUUUUUUCUUUUUUUCUCUGGGUCAGUUCUUAUUGUUUGUUCGUUUCUUUCUUUCUUUCUUUCUUUCUUUCUUUCUUUCUUUCUUUCUUUCUUUCUUUCGUUUCUCAUCGUGAAUUUCCCCAUGAAGUCUUUUUUCUUUUUUUCUCUGGGUCAGUUCUUAUUGUUUGUUCGUUUCUUUCUUUCUUUCUUUCUUUCUUUCUUUCUUUCUUUCUUUCGUUUCUCAUCUUUUUAUUGUUUGUUCGUUUCUUUCUUUCUUUCUUUCUUUUUCUUUCUUUCUUUCUUUUUUUUCGUUUCUCAUCUUUUUAUUGUUUGUUUGUUUUCUUUCUUUCUUUCUUUCUUUCUUUCUUUUUUUUCUUUCUUUCUUUCUUUCUUUUUUGUUGUUUGUUCGUUUUUCUUUCUUUUCUUUUCUUUUCUUUUUUCUUUCUUUUCUUUCUUUUGUUUGACUUUCUUUUUUCUUUCUUUUUCUUUCUCAUCUUUUAUUGUUUGUUCGUUUCUUUCUUUCUUUCUUUUUUCUUUCUUUCUUUUCUUUCUUUCUUUCUUUUUCUUUCUUUUUUUUCUUUCUCAUCUUUUUUAUUGUUUGUUCGUUUUUUUUUCUUUUCUUUCUUUUUUUUCUUUUUUUCUUUUUUUAUUGUUUGUUCUUUCUUUCUUUCUUUCUUUCUUUCUUUCUUUCUUUCUUUCUUUCGUUUCUCAUCGUGAUUUCCCCAUGAAGUCUUUUUUUUUUUUCUGGGUUUCCCAUGUUCUUUUUGUUUGUUCGUUUCUUUCUUUCUUUCUUUCUUUCUUUCUUUCUUUCUUUUUUCUUUCUUUCUUUCGUUUUGUUGUUUCUUUCUUUCUUUCUUUUUUCAUUGCUUCUUUCUUUUUUUCUUUUUUUUUCUUUUUCCUUCCUGUUUUUUUUUUUUUUUUUCUUCUCCGCUACUAUCACCUAUGUAAGACCUUUUUCUUUCUUUCUUUUCUUUCUUUCUUUCUUUCUUUCUUUCUUUUCUUUCUUUCUAGCUCUUCCCUUCCUUUCUGUCCACGUUUUUUUUUCCUUUCCUUGUCUGUUGCCGAUGAUUUUCCAUCUCUCUUCCUUCCUGUCCUUUUUCCUCUUUUCUCUCUUUCACGUUUUACAUUUUUCUCACUAGCAAUCCUCUCCCAUUCUCUCUAUUUCUCUCCUCGCUUUUUCUUCUUUGUUCUUACCGUUUAUGAUCUUAUUAUUCUAUCACUUUCUCGCCUUCUUAUAUUAAUUAUUUCUCUUUUCUUAAGGCCUGCAUUUCCCCUCUUUUCAACUAUACAUAUUUUAUUUCUCUGUUACUUCCCUUGUUUGUUUCUUCAUUUCUUUCUUUCUUUCUUUCUUUCUUUCUUUCUUUCUUUCUUUCUUUCUUUAUUUAUGCAUUUAUUUAUUUAUUUCGUUUUUAAUCGUGAAUUUUUCCCAUCUAAGUCCUUUCUUUUUUUUCUCCCCCAGGUUUUGUUGUUUCUUUCUUUCUUUCUUUUUUCAUUGCUUCUUUCUUUUUUUCUUACUUUCUUUUCUUUUUUCCUUCCUGUUUUUCUUUCUUUUUUCUUCUCCGCUACUAUCACCUAUGCAAGACCUUCUUUCUUUCUUUCUUUCUUUCUUUCUUUCUUUCUUUCUAGCUCUUCCCUUCCUUUCUGUCCGAUAACGUCUUUCUAUCUUUCUUUCUUUUUUUUUCUUCCUCACUUUUUUUAUUCCUUUGCUUCCUUCCUCUUUCCUCCUUUUCAUUUGUUUGUUCGUUGUUUUAUCAUUUCUCUUUUACUUUCCUUCUUUAUAGACGUUUUUUUUUCCUUUCCUUGUCUGUUGCCGAUGAUUUUCCAUCUCUCUUCCUUCCUGUCCUUUCAAUCCUCACUUUUUCUCUCACUAAUUCUGCAUUUUAUGCACGAUUUGUUUUUCUUCUAUCUACCUAUAUUUAUCUCACCUUUACUUCCUCAUCUCUUUAAAUCUCAUUUUCUUUCUUUCUUUCUUUCUUUCUUUUCCAUCAUUCUUUUAAAACAAGAUUUUCCCACAAUCCCUCACCGUUCUCAGUUCAUCUUUUUAUAUAUGCUACGUCGCCGUCGUCGUUGUUGUUGUUGUUCUUCUUCUUCUUACCCACCUUUUACUUCUUCAUGUUUAAACCUUAUUUCCCUUCUUUCUUUCUUUCUUUCUUUCUUUUUUAUUUCUUUUUUUUUCUUCCUUUUUUUCUUUUUUCUUUCCUUCUUUCUUUCUUUCUUUCUUUCUUUCUUUCUUUCUUUCUUUCUUUUAAUACGCUGUUUCCCAGAAUCCCUUGCGGUUCUAUAUAUGCUAUCUUAA